AUGCGACGCAGAGGGGAGGAUGCCAAGCAGCCCGGGAAGUCCUCAAGUGCAGAUGAAUGCCUGGAAGGUGUGAGUUCAACCACAAGUAGCUCCUUGCAGACCUUCGUCAGGACGCUGGCGCACCCUCAGCGCUCCGCGGUGCUGGUGCUGGCACUAAGCUUGGUCGCGGUGGGCAUCCAAACCUGGGAUGAGGACGUGGUGCUGAGCAGACUCCUGAUACUAAUCGGCCUUUUCAUUGCUCCUGCUGCGAUGGGGCGCUUGCCACCUCCUUCCGAAGUUUUCUUCAGGGAAGAUGCGGAGGGAGAGAGGCUCGUCGCACCUGCGAGCGUGCAGGCUCCCGAGGCCAUGACAAUGGAUGCAGGAUGCAUCGCCUGA